GUCGUCGGGCGCAGUCGGUCAGUUGCGAGCGGUCGUCGGCUCGGUGAGCAGGUCGGCAGCCGAGCUCCCGCCUCGACGCCAGCAGCGCCGCCGCCACCGCCCGCCCGCGCACACUCUGCGGCAGCCACAGGUGAUCGAAGAUGGCGCGCCCGGGGUCCGAGGGCUGGAGAUUCGUGGACAUCGCGGUUACGAUCGCACUCGUCGCAGCCACACUCUCAGCGUGCGAUGCGGCCGUGGCGUUCGAGAAGCUGACAGAUAUGGACUACAGGGGCAACACCUACUACACCAUCCGCAACUUGACCCUGUACGAGUGCCAGGGCUGGUGCAGGGAGGAGCCCGAGUGCCAGGCAGCCUCAUUCAGCUUCGUCACGAACCCACUGACGCCGGUGCAGGAGACGGUGUGCUUGCUGCAGAACGAGACGUCCGCCAACAACCCGUCGGCCCUGCCUAAGCCGGCCGUCAGCACCUACUACAUGAUCAAGCUCAGAAUACGCUCCGACAACGUUUGCAACCGUCCUUGGACGUUCGAGCGUCUGCCCAAGAAGAUGCUGCGCGGCCUGGAUAAUGCUCUCAUGUUCACCUCGACCAAGGAGGCUUGCCUGGCCGCCUGUCUAAACGAGCGCCGGUUCCCGUGCCGCUCGGCCGAGUACAGCUACAUGACCCUCCAGUGCCACCUCUCCGAGCACGACCGGCGCUCCGUCGACGAGACCAUCGAGAUGGUGGACGCCGACCAGGUCGACUACUUCGAGAACCUCUGCCUCACCGGUGACCAGGCGUGCAAGGGUGACCGGGAGUUCCCCACACCCGACAUUGGCGUGCCGAACGAUGUCAUUAAUCGCUACGUAGACACGCACUACUACGUCGACCUGGAGCUGAUGGCCAACAACAUGGAAGCGUGCCGGCGCGCCUGCGAGAUCGAGAACGAGAUCAUGUGCCGGUCGUUCCUGUACCGCGGCCCGCCGACCGGCACCACCUACAACUGCCAGCUGUUCCACCUGGACCACGUGACACUGCCGGAGGGCGCGCUGACUUUCCUCUCCAGCGAGCAGCCCCUGCUUGAUGUGGGGCGCGAGCCGGGCGUCUAUCAUGAGAACGUCUGCAAAAGUGAGUGCGCCGUCGCCGGGCGACACACGCCGCCACAGUGGGACACAGCACCGAAUAGUAACCGAUCUACCGGCAACGACGUCAACUGCGACUCGACCGGCACCUGUUACGAUGUGUCGGUGCAGUGCAAGGACACACGCAUCGUGGUGUUGGUGGGCACCAACCGACCCUUCAACGGUCGCAUCUACGCACUGGGCCGCUCGGAGACGUGCAACGUGGCAGUGGUGAACUCGGAUAAGUUCCGACUGGACCUGAGCCUUUCCGGCCAGGACUGCAACACCCAGUCCAUGGGUACCGUGUACUCCAACACCGUGGUGGUCCAGCACCACUCGGUGGUCAUGACCAAGACGGACAAGAUCUACAAGGUGCGCUGCACGUACGACAUGUCCUCCAGAAACAUCACCUUCGGCAUGAUGCCCAUCAGGGAUCCCGACAUGAUUUCCAUCACCUCUGCCCCGGCUGCGCCGCCACCUAAGAUCUCCAUCUUGGACUCGUCCGGACGGGAGGUGGAGACCGUCCGCAUCGGAGACAAGCUCACAUUCCGCAUCGAGAUCCCCCCCAGCACCCCGUACGGCAUCUUCGCUCGCAACUGUGUGGCCAUGGCCAAGGACGCGAAGAGCACCUUCCAGAUCAUCGACGAUCAGGGGUGCCCGAUCGACCCCAACAUCUUCCCGCGCUUCACGUCCAACAUCAACUCCCUCGAGUCCACCUACGAGGCCUUCCGCUUCACCGAGUCGUACGGUGUCAUCUUCCAGUGCAACGUCAAGUACUGUCUGGGCCAGUGUCAGCCGGCCCAGUGCUCGCACAACGGCAAGCAGUUCGAGUCCUGGGGCCGCAAGAAGCGUGCGCUUACCCCGACCAUGCUGGUGGAGGACCCGCGCGAUCCCGAGUCGAUGACUCUGAGUCAGGAGAUCCUGGUGCUGGACUUCGGCGACGAGCCGGACGCGCGGCCGCAGCAGCAGCAGCGCAGCAGCCUGCCCGAGGUGGAGGUACCGCCAUACGUCACCCACCAGACGGCGUUCGACAGUGCCGGCUCCGAUCACUUCGGUUUUGAGAACGACAGCGUGGAAGUCCUGGAGAAGUGCCCCACCAAGACGUCAGUCCUGGCGCUCUCCGUCACCUGCGCCCUGCUGGUCCUCAUCUACGUGUGCAGCAUGUUCUACCUCUUCAUGAAGCGGUGGAUGACGCGCAACAACAAAGUACUGUAGCCGGACCGGCCAGCCCGGCCGCCCAUGACGGGGGCGGAUCCCUGCGAAACCGGAGAGGUCGGCACUGAAACCAGGGCGCUCCGCACAUCAGUGGCAUUACAACGUGGGAUCUCGGCGCAGCGAGAGGCGAAUGGGCAUCCCAGGACGAGCAGUGACUGGUGCAAGCUACUGUUAAUGCCCUCGGCGCGCCGUGUGCGCUGAGGUUUGCGCUCCGAGGUCGCUCGAUUCGUCGCCUUGACAGUACCUUGCAUCCGACAGUUGUUACAGUUACAGUCAUCUGACAGUUGUUACGUUUCUUUCUCACCGAGUCCGGCUCUUCUAGCGAGGCCUUGCAGUUGGCUGCUGGCUUCAGUUCCGGGACCCGGACGCACUUCCAUUGAGCUAGGCGAUAUUUAUUGAGGGCAUAUGCAAGGCAUUUGUGAGACACUGUUGUCCGUGUGUGAUGUUCUUGUUGAUGGUAUGCGUGAGCGACAUGACAUGACUAAGAACUUAGUUAUCAUUUUGGCCUUUUGUGAUGUCCUUUAUUCAGUGUGCACGGAUGUGAGCUUAAGUGUGGACACGGCCAUACUCUAUUGAACAUGAGCAGCGGGAUAGCAAGGAAAAGAUUGAUAUUUGACGUCAUUCUGAGACAUGAAAUGCCCAGGUUAAGUGGUGAGGUCGUGAAUUACAUUCACCACGACGUUUUAAUGCAAUGUAACGCAUAACUGACCCGACCAAGGCGCUGUUAUUGUAUUGAUUCUUGCAGUUGAGCAGAUUUGAUGUAAGGAUAUCACGAAACAUGGCCAAUAAAUACUAUUUACAAUA